AUGGCGGGGAUUUCGAAUCGAGAAAACCUGCAUCCGAUGACGAUGCGACAGGUGUCCAAAGAAAUCAGUAGCUUGAUCAAGAGUCCACCUGAAGGAAUCGAAGUUCUCCCAUCUGAGAGCGACCUUACCGACAUACACGCGAUCAUUCACGGACCCACCGGGACACCUUACGCUGGCGGCCUUUUCAAAAUACGCCUUAUUCUUGGGAAAGACUACCCCCAAACUCCCCCGAAAGGUUACUUCCUGACGAAAAUAUUUCAUCCAAAUGUGUCGAGCAGUGGAGAGAUUUGUGUGAAUACCUUGAAGAAAGAUUGGGAGAGUAGUAUGGGCAUCAUGCAUAUUUUGAUCGUGAUCAAGUGUCUUCUGAUUGUACCAAAUCCCGAGUCUGCCCUGAACGAAGAAGCCGGAAAGCUUCUUCUCGAAAAGUACGAUUCUUACUGCGAGCGUGCUAAAUUAAUGACUGAGAUACACGCGAGAAGACGAGGCGUGGCGGCGUCGAAGAAACCUUCAGAACAGGAGAAUGACGGGGAGCCAAGUGCGAAGAAGGUAGCAGCAGAUGAUAAGGCCUCACUAGAGAAACGGAAGAUCCUCAAAGAAAAGAAGCGGAACUUGAAGCGGCUCUGA